ACCACCGUGUGUGUGCGCCUCGCCUUCUUAGUGAAGUAGGGAUUCUAAAAUAGUUGCGAUGCGAAUACGAUACGAAAGAUGCAAUUUCUUAAUACUUAAUCUCAAUAAAAUUGUUUUUUGAUGUUUUGGUUUCGUGAUGAACAUUCACGUUCUCAAACCCUGAAACGUAAAUCAAAGGUGCCCCGUGUACAAGAAACCGACCAACUUCCCGACUGAUUUGUAAUGUUUGUUGUUGCAUCAGCGAGAAAUCAUAUCGCAGCUGCUUAGUGGUGUGCAAUCAGAGCAUCGUAAAACACUUGCGGUACUGUCGUGUGCUUCAGGCUUCACGCUAUUAUUUCUAUGCCCAAGGAGUCUGGUCGUCCUUCAGCCGGUCGCAUUAUCCGACGAGGAUGUCGCGAGCAACAAUGCAGCCGUGGCUUCGAGAAACUAAGCCUCAGCCUGUCAACACAUUAAUUGUCACCAUCUGGAGCUUGCUGCACUUUAUGUUCACGUGGUUAGAGUACUGGGCGCUCCUAGUGCGCUGGUGCCGCCGGGCUGUAUUCACCCUUUUACGGUGGCAGCAACAGCCGGCACUGCAAAACUAUUAUUCGAUUGGCCAUUCGCAGUUGUUUAUUCAGCAGCAUAUUGCAACGGUGUCCAAGAUUCCCAAGCAUCUAGUCGUCCUGCUAGGACCAGAGGAACCAGACUAUCGUUUACUGUCGCAGUUUGUUUUCUGGUCCCGUUCCGCUGGCAUUCAAUACGUUAGUUUUUACGACCAUCGAGGAAUCUUGAAACGCAAUCAUGAAAAUCUGGUCCGCUGUGUCCAGACACUGCAGCUGAAUGCCAGUGACAAUAUCGUCUGGACAACAUCGACGCCACCUUCAACUAUGUUAAAGUCCCAAUCGACUCCACCUGGUAAACGACCCCAAACCACGGUAUCGUUUUACUCGCCAGCCGACGGCAAGCAAGGGCUGGUGGUGUUAAGCCGUUCGCUCGGGGAAUCGGUGCGCAGCCGAAACAUUUUAAUCGGUGAUAUUAACGUUGAGUACCUGGAUCAGCAACUGCAAGCCGCCUACCAUCACAUUCCGGAUCCUGAUUUAGCCCUCUACUUUGGAGACCUGUGCUCCACCUAUGGACUGCUACCGUGGCAGAUCCGACUGACAGAGUUCUUGGCCCUCGAGCUGCGCUUGAGGGACAUCACUGUGCUGCACUUUAUGAACUGCUUGCUCAAAUUUUCUCGCUGUCAGCAACGGUUUGGCACCUAGGCACGGCUACGGAAUCGGCGCCGCGAGAAUGGACGAAGUGAUUGGAUAGUCAGAAUGAAAGGCCAUGUUGAAAAUAUAUCAUUUAUGCAUUUA